AUUUAUUUAUUACUUUUUGCAGCAAGUAGCUCGCCUAUGAACUUCAGACCACAAACGUCAAUAAAUCCAAAACAAUAUGGUAAAAACAAUGGUCACAGCUUGGAUUGAGUUGCGGUCUCGAGCAUAGUUUAAAUAUGAUGGACCACAUGAUGUGUGUGACAGCAAGCACAGACAGACAUUCGACUUCGUGUGUGUGUGUGUGUGUGUGCACUUCCACUCGAGCGCAUGUGCAUACGUGCUACUUAUAAUUACCUACGGCUUUAUUUUGGCUGGUCUAAACACUAGUCCUUACUUGUGUAGGCGAUUCUGAGGAUAAUGUAUAGGAUUACAGUGCUACACCAUUUUAGUUUUGUAUCAGUGACUGAAAGGUGAAUUCCAAAUGUAAUUGGAAAUGAUCCUGGAGGAAUACGGCUAGAUCAUCUUUUUCUUUUUUUUUUGUAAACCAUUUGUAUCAUUUGCUGCGUUUUCAAGCAGUUUAUAUUUAUGUACAUUACUGUAGCCUACGUUGUUCUCCAAAUACUUUAUUUUAAGUGCAAUCCGUAACCUUCGUACGUUUGUGUAUACUUGGUGAAUCAUAUGGUGAAUCAGCUCCAGCUCCAUUAAAAAUGUGGUUAGCAGCCUCGAGCUGUUGGAUCCGACGUCCAUGAGCUAUUUCUUUGUGCUCGUUCAGCAUGUUUCUCCCGGUAACCGUGUGUUUUGUACUUCGUUUUACAGGGUCGUCUCUGGCUGCCUUUGAGGUAAGCGUCCCGCAGCGGAGGGUGCUGGCGGUGCGAGGCCGGCCGGUGGUUUUGGGGUGCAGCUACGCGCCCAGCCUCGGCAACAGUCUGGAGGGCCUGGUGGUGACGUGGCAGACAGCGGAGGACAACUUGGUCCUGCACAGCUUCUAUUAUGGGCAGGACCAGCUGGACCAGCAGAGCGCCCGCUACUGGAACCGCACCUCGAUGUUCCGCCCCCUGCUCGGCACCGGAAACGCUUCGCUGAGGCUGGACCGGGUCGGCCCGCAGGACUCCGGGCGCUACCUCUGCUCCGUCGACAGCCUGCUGGGAAAUGGCAAAGCGGAGGUGCAGCUGGAGUACGCGGGUGAGACAACUUCCUGUCCCAGAACGGCAGACAGCCAGGUGCAGCCAGGUAGAGCGUUCUACACCGAGCCCAGGCUCAACAUCCAGGUCCACCCCAGCAGCAUCAGCCUGGAGUAUCAGAGCGAGGGGUACCCCGCGCCCCAGGUCCAGUGGACCGACUCCGCGGGCCGCAACCUGACUGCCCGGGAGGAGCUGUCCGGGCCCGGGGAGGACGGGCUCCUGUCCCUGAGGACCAGUGUGACACUGAAGGACCCUGGACCCGGAGUCAACCUGAGCUUCACCCUGAGGAACGCCGCCCUGGGACAGGUGCUGGAGAGGCCCGUCUGCCUCAGGCUGGCUUCCGAUGACAUUGGGCAUUGCACAGACUGCGCCAGAGUGACCAUCCCGCUCAUUUGCUUUCUCUGCCUGCUGCUGCUGUGUCUGGGACUGGCGGCCUUCGCGUACCUCCGACGCAAGAGGAACAGAAUGCAGACGGAAUGCUGGAACGGCUCGGAAAAAUUACCUCCGCGUGACCCUGGGGGGGGUGGAGACGGAACGGAGACGGUCGACCAGAGACAAGCUGCGCAAAAAGGCUGGCGGCGAAACGUCCCACCCGUGCCAGUUAAGAGCAACGGUGACCCUAGGGGGUGGGAGCUAAAUACAUUAAAUUAAUGUUUUUAUACUCGUCUAGUAAUUUAUGUACACAUCAUGCCCGUUAUGCGUCUGAUUCUAAUGUUACCCUGACCUUAUUGUGCUCAUUUAUGCUCUGCAUCACAUAUUUAAAGUUAGAUUGACUGGACUUUGUCGUAAUCCCUCACUGUCCAGAUCAUAGCACAGGUGUCAGACUCCAGUCUGAUUGGCUAAGGGAUCCGCACACCUUGUCCUCAAGGCCUUAAUUGGCAGCCGAUUGAAAGGAACCCGCGAAAAACCACAGCCCCCUGUGGGAUUCAGCUCGACACCCCCUGGUCCUAUGGUAUAGUUACAUCGACUGAUUAUACUGUAGGUCAGGGAUCGUCAACAACCAGACUGUCUUCACACCUGACUCCCAGGCAAAGGGAGGGUGGAAAACCAGCAGUUCUCGGCCCUCAAGGACCAUCAGUUGCUGAUCCCUGCUGUAGGCCUUUCAUUCCUUUUCUCUGGCAGCUACAUACACAACCCUGUUGAUAAUCUGUUGUUAAACUUUUGUGGCCAAAGCUUUUCGUGACUACAGUAGUUGGAAAAACUUUUUUUGGAGUCCUUGAAGACACUUCCCUGGAACGUUAGACUUUCCAUUUGCAUUUCUCCAAAAAAAAAAAAAUGCUACACAAGUAAGACUGAAUUGAAUUAAUCCUUGGGUUGUGUUUUAUGCCGUUUCUAUUGUUUUUGUUCUGCUCCUAAAUCAGGCAGUCCAUUUGAACUAUUUAUAAAGCAAUAAUAAAGCAUAUAUUUUCACCUAA